AGCACCAUCGGUCAACGAUUUAGCUCUUCUUUCUGUCUUUUUCCCUUUUUAAACCAUCGUAUAUUUAUCGUUGACAGGGUACAUUGCUUUCGUGUAUACUUCUCUGUAUUAAACAGCUAGAUGAAGUUCAACCUCGCACUUGUGGGCGUCUGCCUCAUCGGCUUUCUCCUUUCUAGCUACGCGUACACCGUAGAAGUGCACGCCGAUCGCGCCAGGCAACUCGGCGUCCCGUACCGCGCGUACUGCGACAUCGGUCCUUUUUCGUGCACAAAGGUGUUCUCCUCCGAGUUCGGGUCCGCCACGCAGUUCUUCGGCCUCCCAAAGACCUCCAACGCGCUCGUGGGGAUGAUGUACUACUUCGCCGAGAUGCUGUGCUGCUGGAACCCAACGUUGAUGCUGCUGACGAGCGCGCCAAGUCUCCUUGUCACCGUGUGCCUCGCUUUCGUCCUCACCGUCGUGCUGCGCGAUUUGUGUGUUGUGUGCUGCUCCAUCUACGUGGUGAACAUUACCACGGUGCUCCUGUCUUACCGCUGGUGGAGGCGAUCGCGCGCCGCCAACGCUGCUCGCAAGCGGAGCGGCGGUGCUGCGAAGGCCCCGAGACGCAAGUGA